AGGGUUAACUCUUAAAGUAUAAUAUAUUCAUAUCAAGUAAAUGUUAUUUUACGAACACAUGCAAAGUAACUAGAAGGUUAUUCAACAGAAAAAAAGAAGGAAUAUAUUUUAAAUUCUUAGAUUUUUUUUUUAUUUCCUUAUUUAGUGUUGCUCUUUUCACUACAUGAAAUUCCAUAGUCGUAGUUUCAGUUUAGAUUUUUCAUCCCUUGUCGUAUAAUUUCCUUGUAUCAAGUUACUAUAUAAAUCAGUCAUUACUUUUCAAUACUUUCAAUCAAGAGUACAAUUAUAUUGAAAUAGUGUCGGGAGUUUAAUGUCAACGAAAAGCUAAAAUCAACUACAAUGUAAAAUAACAAUUUAAAGGUAUGGUGAAGAAAAUGAACUGCUAUGUUAUUUAGUCAUGUUGGUAUAGGACUCAUAUUGUCAAUUCGUAGAAUGACAUGCUAAAAAUGGCAAGAAUGUCCAUAGAGAAAAGUGAAUCAUUAAAGUUUUACAAAUAUCUUUGCCAAAAUAUUGGAUCUGAGGAGGUCGUGAGAAUUAGGAGGUUGGCAUUCACUAUAAAGGACAUUGCACAAUGUACUAAAACCAUAACUAGUGGAAGUAUGGGCGAAGGACUCAAUUUAAACGGAAGUGAUUUUGAUAUAAUGGUUAUUGAUCGUAACUUUAAAGUGUUUCAAUCAGAAACAGAAGUUCAAAGUCAAUGUUUUGCGACUCCGUUAAUCAUGAAUACCGAGGAGACACAGCCAUGUUUCACACAAUUAUUGCUUUUAAGUCAUAAUAUAAUGACAGUUCACGAUGUGUUUGAAAAAAAUCAUCGUGGAUAUAUGCUUUCAAGCGAACUAUUUAAACUGGUCUAUAAGAAAUUUGCAGAAGUUCUUAUUCCCGGAUUGACUACCGGAAACAUCCAUGCACCAUGCAUAUCAGAUCAAGAUGGCUUCCUCGAUCUUGCAUGGUGUUUAAAAUGUGACAAAUGGAUAUUUCAAGCAAAGCCAUGGAUUAACAGACCACGCACAACAUGGCCUUCACCUGAAAUAAUUUCAAAAAUAGUAUCAAGUGGGGUGUUAUUUGUUCCAAUUGGCUGCAAAGGAUCCAUAAAUGAACAUCUAGAAUGGCGAAUUUCUUUUUCUGUAGCAGAAAAAUUUCUUAUAUUUUCCUUUACCCAUACACAAUUUCUAUGUUAUGCUAUGUUAAAAAUCUUGCUGAAGGAAAUAGUAGAAAAACAUGAAGAUUUGAAAGGUUUAUUAUGUUCAUAUUUCUUAAAAACACUGAUGUUUUGGAUUUCAGAAGAAACAGAAACUUAUUUAUGGAGACCAGAUAAAAUCAUACAAUGUUUCAUGGCAUGUCUGCAAAGACUGUUGUAUUGUGUUAAAUACUCAAUAUUGUCACAUUAUUUUAUUUCUGACAAUAACUUGUUCUAUUCAAGGUUCAAUACUAACAACGAAGAACAAUUGACUACCAUACUCACAAAUUUAUAUGAGCAAGGAGUUGAUUGUUUUGUAUCUUCUAUUACCCUACACGAUUUUCAAUGCCAGUUUUACGAAUCCACCGAAUCCUUAAUAAACAGUAACAGCAGAUUAUUACAACAAAUAAUGCCGACAUUUUGUGCUAUUUUUAAUCAAUGUAGAACUGAUAGUGUUUUGAGACUGAUUUAUGAAUUUCUACAUCAUUUCAGAACUGCUUUAUCUAGAGAUUUAUUCGCUUUACAAUUACCAAAAGCAUUUAUGUUUGUUACAGGAAAAACAUGGAACAAACGUAAUUCAGGAAACAAACACCAUUACCUUAAGUACAAACAAGACCUUAGUCAUUUAGUUAUCGGUUUACAUUCAGAUGCAGUAUCAGGAUGGUUGAAGUUAGCUUCUUUCUUCUAUGUUCACAAAAAAUUCUUAGCGUCAUUAACUGUUAUAACAUAUGCAUUGAAAAAAUACACUGACGAAAAAAUUUAUAUUGGGUUUUUCGUUUAUUACUCCACAUUAAAUCGUAUCCAAACACAUGCGGUGAAUCUAAUGAAAAAAGAAAAACUUCAUAAAAUAGUGAAAUCAUUAACAGUUCAUUUCUUGACAUUUAUUAUGGAUUCUUCAAUAAUUCCACAAGAACUACAACUAGAUAUUACAAGAACGCAUAAUUCUUUCCAUCCGUUACCAUUUGCACAUUUCCUUAAAUUCCUAUGCUUCUACCAUCUACAUGACCUUUCAUCAUGUAGACAGUCAUUGCAACUACUUGAACAGGUUCAAAGGAUACUUUCACACAGUGGUACUAAAGUUUUCAUUCCAGAAACUCUGAAUACAGUAAUUUUGUGUGGCAUUGCUCGCCAGUUAAUGGGUGAUACAUUCAUUGCUAGGCAAGCCUUCAAAGAAGCUGCUGACCAUGAUGAGUAUAAUUUCACCAGUGCAGCAUCAAGGCUGUCCAAUCUCAUCUGAUUAUAUCAGACAUGUCAUUUUACAUGUAACUGAGUUAUUAGUUUUGACUCAAACAAACUUUUAAGUAUGACUUCUUUUAUUACUGCACUCGCAUUUCACAUCAAUAUCUAAAUAUAUUACAUUAUUUUAUCUCCAAAAAUAAACAAAAUGCUUUUGUAACGUAUUGUUCAUAGUUACAAAACCAAAUAUUUAAUUUGAUUUUCCUAUAACCAUUUAAACACCCAGGUAAUACAGUUGUUACUGAACCCUCUUUUAUAGUAUACAAUCCUUUGAAUGAUUAUAAAACAGGGUCAAAAUAAUCCGUAAGUUAUAGAACCAAUUAUUCGAACCCGAUCAGAAAUAACAACAAGAAAGUAAUACAUGUUUUUACACAAUAUAGUUCGUACGCAUACAUGUAACUGUGUCAAUAAGUAACAGAUUUGUGUAUCAAACGAAACCUAAAGGCCUUUGAGAUCACUGUAGAACCAUUGUUGAAAGGUUCUUUUGGAUUAUUAAUAUGCUUCAUUUGAUUUCAUUAAAAAAUGAAAAUUAUGCUAGCUAUAAAAGCAGGUUUAAUCCACCAUUUUCUACAUCAGAAAAUGCCUGUACCAAAUCAGGAAUAUGACAGUUGUUAUCAAUUCGUUUGAUGUGUUUGAGCUCUUGAUUUUGCCAUUUGAUUAGCGACUUUCCGUUUUGAAUUUUCCUCGGAAUUCGGUAUUUUUGUUAUUUUACUUUUUAUGACAGAGGUUUUAAACUUGUCAUUUUAUCUAGGAAUCCUCUUAAAUGAUAAGAUCCUUGACCUUCUUAAACUAUCAAUAUAUAUCUAUCAUUUUCUGAUAUGAAUUAUGUGUAAAUUUGUUUGUCAUUAGUAGUGUGUUUUUUUUGUCUAUUUCCUUUAAAUAAUUCUAUCUCAAAUAUAAAAAAAAAAUAAUCUUCCACAUAGUGUACUCACAAAACCAAAUGUUUAAUUGCAUUUUGUUUAUAACACUUUAACAUCCACGGUAUAUACAGUGUAUAAGUAGGAAAU